GCAGUCAGUCCGUAUCCCGCUUCUCGGCGACGACGUUCGACUCGCGCGCUUUCCUUCACGCUCGCCUCGGCAAACGAAUUUUCGAUCAUCGAUCAUGACACGCGGACGGACGAGGACGUGCAGGUGAAAGACGUUUUUCCCGCGAUCUCUAUCCGUUUGACCGAAGAGGUACACGCGACGAAGUGCCACCGCGAGGAAAAGAAGAAAAAAGGAGACGAAGAAGAAAGAGAGGAGAGAGAUCGAUAUCGGCUCGGAUACUGCCGGAAGAUCUAGUUGAUGGUGACAAAAUUUAUUGUGGAGAGUUUGUGGAGGGUUUAACGCGCAUCCGGCUGAGGAGCAAGAUGUGGCACUUGACGUGCGUCGACCACUUUUUAAAUCGCGCGUUUUAUAAGGUUGGCCUCUAUGUCGGUAAACAUCCCGGCUACUUUGUAAUCGUGCCGAUGCUGUUGGCGUGCAUAUGCUUUACCGGUUACCAGAGGAUACACUACGAAAUCGACCCGGAAUACCUCUUCUCGCCCGUCAACGGACCUGGCAAGACCGAGCGAGCGAUAGUCGAGCAGUACUUCAAAGUCAAUUAUAGCCACCAAUUCAAUCUCGGUCGUAUCACACGACCAGGGCGAUUCGGUCAUGUAAUCGUGAUUCCCAAGGAUGGCGGGAAUAAUAUGCUGAAGAGCGCGAUUUGGCAGGAGCUGAGGGAGCUCGAUUGGUUAAUCAGGAACGUCACGGCGAAAUACGAGGACGAAGAAUUUACGUACGACCAAAUUUGUGCGCGAUGGCUCGACCAGUGUUUCACCAACGACAUCCUAAAUCUUCAUCACAUAAUAAAGGAAGUAGAGAGGCGAGAGCUAAAUCUGACGUUUCCGGUGAUGUUCAAUCCGGUCACCUGGGACGCUCAUCUGUUUCCGGUAUUCUUCGGCGGAAGCGUCGUCAAUAAUGAUUUCAUCAUAGAAUCGGCGCCCUCGGUGCAGCUCGCCUACUUCAUCACCGUCGACAGUCCACGGCAGGAUGCAAUCGGCGCUGCUUGGGAAGAGGCUUUUCUGGAUGUUGUCGGCAAGGCCGAGGAUGAAGGUGCAUUUAAGCAUAUUAGCAUCGCGAGAUUCGCCUCGAGGACCCUCGAACUGGAGCUCGAGGCCAACACGAAGACGAUCGUGCCGUAUUUCACCAGCACGUUUGUCAUAAUGGCCCUGUUCUCAGUCGUGACGUGCAUGAUGACCGAUUGGGUGCGCAGCAAACCUUGGCUUGGUCUUCUGGGCAACGUCUCUGCCGCCAUGGCGACAGUCGCCGCUUUUGGAUUGUGCAUCUACCUGGGGAUCGACUUCAUCGGCCUCAAUCUUGCCGCGCCAUUCCUCAUGAUAGGAAUAGGGAUCGACGAUACUUUUGUCAUGCUAGCAGCCUGGAGAAGGACGAGUAUCUCCAAACCAGUACCUGAAAGGAUGGCGGCGACAUUGAGCGAAGCUGCCGUUUCCAUCACCAUCACGUCCUUGACAGAUAUGAUAUCUUUCUUCAUUGGCAUCUUGUCGCCCUUCCCUUCAGUUCAAAUUUUUUGCAUUUAUUCAGGUUUCGCAGUGGUUUUUACUUUCCUAUUUCACAUAACGUUCUUCAGCGGAUGUGUGGCGAUCAGUGGUUAUUGCGAACAAAGAAAUUUGCAUAGUGUUAUCUGUUGCAAAGUGCAGCCGCUAUCUAAAUCCACUCAUCGAUCGUGGCUGUACAGAGCAUUGUGUUCCGGCGGGAUUGAUCCUGACAAUCCUGACAAUCCGAUCGACAAUCCCGAGCACGGAUGCAUGACUUGGUUCCGUGAUUAUUUAGCAGCUGCACUGAAUUAUAGCCCUGUGAAAGCGAUAAUCAUCCUCAUUUUCGUAUGCUAUCUUAUCGGCGCACUUUACGGACUUACGAACCUUAAGGAAGGCCUCGAUCGACGCAAACUUUCCAAGGAAGAUUCCUACUCGAUCGCCUUUUACGACCGCGAGGACUAUUAUUUCAGAGAAUUUCCUUAUAGGAUACAGGUCGUAAUAUCUGGUGAAUACGACUACAGUGAUCCAGUGAUUCAACAGCAAAUAGAAAACUUAACGAGCAGUCUCGAAGCGAGUAAGUACAUCAGUGCUCCUGUCUACACCGAGAGCUGGCUCCGUAGCUUCAUCAACUACAUAACACGCAAUCAGGAGUAUCUGAACGCGAACAUUACAGACGAGCACGACUUCAUAAAAAAUCUCAAAGAGCUCUGGCUCUUUCCUAACAGCGCCUUCUCUCUGGACGUUAAGUUCGACGACACGAACGAAAAGAUCGUGGCGAGCCGGUUCCUGAUACAAGCGGUGAAUGUGAGCGGCACCAAUCAAGAGAAAGACAUGGUGAAGGAGCUGCGUGGCUUAUGCGCGGCAUCGCCGCUCAACGCGAGCGUGUUCCACCCGUAUUUUGUAUUCUUCGACCAGUUCGAGCUGGUAAGACCGACCAGCAUUCAAUGCAUGAUAUUCGGGGCGCUCGUGAUGAUGCUCAUCAGCUUCAUCUUUAUCCCGAACAUCUUCUGCUGCCUGUGGGUCGCCUUCUGUAUCGUAUCGAUCGAGUUAGGAGUAGCCGGUUAUAUGGCGCUGUGGGAUGUCAAUCUUGAUAGCAUCUCUAUGAUCAAUCUUAUCAUGUGCAUUGGCUUCAGCGUCGACUUCACUGCGCACAUCUGUUAUGCCUAUAUGAGAUCGAAACAGCCGCGGGCGGAGGAUCGAGUCAAGGAAAGCCUGUACAGCCUGGGUCUGCCGAUCGUUCAGGGAGCCGCUUCGACGAUACUCGGCCUGAUGGCCCUCCUAUUGGCCGGUACCUAUAUCUUCCUGGUAUUCUUCAAAAUGGUCUUCCUCGUGAUCUUCAUUGGAGCCAUGCACGGUAUGUUUUUGCUACCGGUGUUGCUGUCCCUUUUCGGGCCUGGCAUCUGCAACGGCGGUGAAAACGAGCCCGAUGAAGAGGAAAAUACGAAGAACAGCACGCAGGAGAAAGAACUACAGGCGAGUAAGCUGCAACUACAACAACAGCAGCAGCAGCAGCAGAAGCAACAGUCGCCCUACGUGAUCCCGCUUCCUCAUCUAGUCUAUUACGGUCCGGGCGACAUCAAGCCACUCCAGGAUAGUCCCGCGAUGAGAGGAGCAACAGGACCAACAGUCGAAUCAAAUCCGCCACGACAUGUGGAGGAGAUCCAUCGGCGUCCUGUAUGGAUUGUCGCAGUUCCAGUCCGCGAUCGGCGAACCCCAGCAUCCAGCGCCGGACUAUCCCGGCGCCGAAACGCAACCGCGAGAUUCGGGCGAGGACAAUGGUUCGCGAACGGCCAACGUUCCUUGCUUAGGACCUUACGUUGUGUAUCGCCACUCGAAUCAGUUACCGUGCGAUUACAGACGCAGUAGAUCCUACCACAAUCUCCAGUAUCCUGCAUCAACGCGGCAUUUUACGGAUCCCCGGUAUCCUUAGAGGGAGUCGCGAGGGAAUAGUAUGAAAGAUAGAUUAUCGACGCGAUAUGGGAGAUCCCUCAAAUUCAGUCUCUUGAAGCAGGACUAUACUAACAAUUUUGAGAAGAAGGAACGGUAAUAUUAAAAUCAUCUCGAGAAAAGAUCGACAUCGAACCCACAGACAAUCAUAGCAUCCAAAAAUAGUGCAUCAAUUAUUCCGAUAUAUCCUACUUUCAAUUCUAUUUCGGAGUAAAAUAAAAAUAUAUCAGAGAGAGAAUCAAUUUUAGGAAAUAUCAAGCUCGAUAUACGUAAAAUAUCUCGUAUAUAAUUAAUUAAUUUCUCCCAAUAAUAUAUCUUCUACUCUUAUUCUUCACGAAUGGCCAGUACAUUUUGUAAACGUUCGUUAAGCAUUACAAGUAAUUAAUAUUGGGAGAUAUUGUGUUUUAAAUUUGAAUUCUGAGAGAUAACUACGAUAAUUGUAGUGAUGUUCGAUUACAUGAUAACUUUGUGAGACCAUGAUAAUGCAAAGAAAAGAAAAGCAAAUGGAAAGGAAACAUUUUAUGCAAACACUAACUAGAAUGUCCGAGUUGCGAUCCAUUAGUUUCAAGGGGCUGAACUUCAAGAGGAUUUUAUUCUCAAACAGCGGAAGUAAGGAAUA